CUCACCACCACCAUACCUGUCCUGAUCUUUAGAGGAGCUGUUUUGUUUCCUUGUAUACAUUCUUGCUAACCAAAAUCUCCAAAGAAAACGUCUGUUCUAUGUCCCUGUCUAAGGCAAGAAAGAUCAUCAAAGGUUGCCUGAUCAAAAUAAGGCCCUUAGUGCCUUGGUAUUGGCGGGGACCAAGCAAACGCUUUCCUAAAUCUACCAGGCCUCUUCAAUGCUUGGUCAAAAGAUGUUUUACGGGGCAGCUGCGUGUUGAAGCUGAUUGGAGGGAUAUCUGUGGACAACAACAAUGGGACACUGAAGAUCCCCCGCAUAUGUUCGUCGCGUGGCACGAUUUCAACCCAAAUAGACCCCUCACCACCACCAUUGCAACCCGUCUUCCCAAACAGUUCGAGGAUCUAGCUGGAGGGGGUCUAGAAAAAUGUCCCAGCUUCCAACAAGGGCGGCUUCUUUCCAGCUUGGAAACACGGGCCCCCAAGCAGCAAACAUGGCAGCGAAAGACCUGCCCGACUAUUGCAAUGAGAAAGUCUUCCGCCGCAACACGCUUCCUCCACGGUCUCAUAACCUUGACACGGCAAGACUCUCACUCAACGGCCAGUGGAACUUCCAUUACGCUUCGAAUCCUUCGAAAAGUCCCGAUCCGACCGCCAAUACCUCGCAUGCUGCGUCCGAGGGCUGGACUACCAUUCAGGUUCCUGGUCACUGGCAGCUUCAGGGCCAUGGCAGGCCUCAUUACACGAACGUUCAGUACCCGUUUCCCGUCUGCCCGCCCAUGGUGCCCUCGGAAAAUCCAACCGGCACAUAUAGCAGGUCAUUCUUUCUUCCGGAAAGUUUUCACGACUAUCAAGUGCGUCUGAGGUUUGAUGGCGUUGACAGUGCGUAUCAUGUGUGGCUGAACAAAAAGGAAGUGGGCUAUGCGCAAGGGUCCCGGAACCCUGCCGAGUGGGAUAUAACCAAGCUGCUGGACACGGAGGGUCCCAACGAAGUGGUCGUCAAAGUUUACCAGUGGUCUGACGGGUCAUACAUUGAAGAUCAGGAUCAGUGGUGGCUCUCUGGAAUCUACCGUGACGUGAAUCUUCUCUUCUAUGAGCGGGCCGGUCACAUACGAGACUGGUUCCUUCGGACCGACCUAGAUGCUGAGUACAGGGACGCUAUUCUGCACGCCACAAUCGACGUUUUUACGACAGUUGACCUAGCCGACUUGGCAGUCAUUGUUAGAACUCUACCAGAAGAGGACACGAUCGCUGUAGUGAAUCAGGAGGUUCGAUCAACCGGAUCGAUCGAGCUAAGCAUUCCCAUCACCAAUCCGAAGAAGUGGACCGCCGAAACCCCCAAUCUCUACUUGGUCGAGAUACAGUUCAACAGGCUGGGGGGUGUCCCUAUCACCUUUUCAGCUGUGGUCCGUCAGAAAAUCGGAUUUCGCAAGGUUGAGCUUAAGAACGGGUUGAUAUCCGUUAAUGGCCAGCCGAUACAGUUUCGUGGCGUGAAUAGACACGACCAUCACCCCGUUUUCGGAAGAGCAGUUCCGGUAGACUUCAUACGAAAGGAUUUGCUUCUCAUGAAGAGGCACAAUAUCAAUGCUUUGCGAUGCAGCCAUUACCCCAGCCACCCAAAACUGUUCGACAUUGCGGAUGAGCUUGGUUUGUGGGUGAUCGAUGAGGCGGAUCUCGAAUGUCAUGGAUUCUAUGACGCGGUCGCUCGCCCACAGGAUAUCCCUGAGGAAAUGGACUAUGAAGAACGUAAAAAGCUGGCGUUUGGAAAGGCCGCCGAAUACACGAGCAACAAUCCAAGUUGGAAGGCCGCCUACCUGGAUCGCAUGGAGCAAAUGAUACACCGGGACAAGAACCACCCAUCUAUCAUCAUUUGGUCACUUGGAAAUGAGGCAUUCUAUGGUCAGAAUCACAAAGCAAUGUACACCCUUGCCACACACCUGGAUCCCGGGCGGCUGGUGCACUAUGAGGGUGAUGCCCAGGCUGAGUCUGCAGACAUGUACUCGUUCAUGUACCCAACUGUCGACAAGCUCAUAGAGCUGGCCAAGACACGAGGCGUCAAACCGGACGGUACCUACCAGAAGCCUGUGAUUUUGUGCGAGUAUGCCCACGCAAUGGGAAACGGCCCGGGCGGGCUCGAAGAUUAUCAGCAUGCGUUUCGAACUCACCCUCGCCUGCAAGGCGGUUUUAUCUGGGAGUGGGCUAAUCACGGGCUUUUCAAGCGGGGCAGCGAUGGCAAGCAGUACUACGGUUACGGCGGUGACUUUGGAGAUACACCCAAUGACGGCACUUUCGUGAUGGACGGUCUGGUCAACAGCGCUCAUCAGCCAACGCCGGGCCUGGUGGAGCUCAAAAAAGUGUUCCAACCUGUUGCUGUUACUGUUGAAGGAGAUGAGCUGGUCAUUUCGAAUCUAUAUGACUUUUCCGAUCUCAACCAUUUGUCAGCCACCUACAAGGCCGAAAGGUUAGAAAUCAGAGAGAGUGUCGUGGCCUCCGGGAUUUUGAACCUCCCGCAUAUACCAGCCGGUGAAACGGUGCGAGUCGCGAUCCCUGAGGAUGUACAUGUCUGGCGCAAGAGGAAGGAUAGCCACCAGCCCCACGUAUACCUCACGAUAUCGUUUGCUUUGAGGAUACCUACUACGUGGGCAGCCCUCGGCCACGAGGUUGCAUGGUUUCAGCAUCACCUCUUUAACGGGCACUCUAUGGGCCCUCACGCCGAAGACGGAGGCUGGCUUUCUUUUGAAACCACUCGGACCGAGGCUGUUAUCACCGGCUACGGCUUCACCUGUGUGUUUGACAAAACUUCCGGGUACAUUACAAGUUGGACACAUGCAGGUCAGAAGCUUCUGCAGCCUGAUCCAACAACUGGCGCGGCCAUUAUGCCGUCGUUUUGGCGUCCGCCUACCGACAAUGAUCAAGCCUUAUCUGUGCCAUACUGGAAGCGUUUCGGUGUCGACACCAUGACCAGUCAGCUCCGGUCGGUCAGUGUGGCUGGGGGAGAUAAUUACUGCAUAGGAGAGAACGGCAAGAAGAUCUUCAGGAAGGUUAUAGUUACGUCUACAGUGUUCCUGGCUCCUCCGGUUCUCAACUGGGGCUACCAUGCCACAAUUACCUACACCAUAGAAAUGUCGGGAAAUCUCAGCAUCGCCGUUACUCUGAAAGCCACAGGUUACGCUCCUGAGCACGUGCCCCGCAUCGGGCUCGACCUGUAUCUCCCCAGGCAACUGGACAAGGUCAAAUGGCACGGCCUCGGGCCGGGCGAGUCAUAUCCCGACAAAAGAUCGGCCCAGCGGGUGGGAAUCUGGACGGCAGAGUCUGUUUCAGAGCUACACACACCCUAUGACGUCCCACAAGAGAACGGCAACAGGAUGGGCACGCGGUGGGUUACCAUUGUGAACCCUUACAGCGGCGGAUCGGGGCUGUUUGCGGAGCCCGGUAUAUAUGGAUACGACAACAGAGACAGCGGUCUGGAAGCGCCAUGUAAUUUUGCUGUGUCGCGGUACUCGACAAAGACGAUCCAGGACGCAAAGCAUCCGUGCGACUUGGUGGAGGAGAAUGCCACGCUUCUUAGGCUAGAUCACAAGGUCGCCGGGGUAGGCACGGCCGCCUGCGGUCCGGGGGUGAGGGAAGAUUUGUUGGUCAAGGUGGACAGGGAAAAGGAGGUCAAGUUUGCGUUCAACCUCGGGCCAUGGAGCGAAGUGGAUGCGUGA